GAGGCUGAAGCAGUCACUCAGGAGACUGAGGCAGCCACUCAGGAGACUGAGGCAGCCACUCAGGAGACUGAGGCAGCCACUCAGGAGACUGAGGCAGCCACUCAGGAGACUGAGGCAGCCACUCAGGAGACUGAGGCAGCCACUCAGGAGACUGAGGCAGCCACUCAGGAGACUGAGGCAGCCACUCAGGAGACUGAGGCAGCCACUCAGGAGACUGAGGCAGCCACUCAGGAGACUGAGGCAGCCACUCAGGAGACUGAGGCAGCCACUCAGGAGACUGAGGCAGCCACUCAGGAGACUGAGGCAGCCACUCAGGAGACUGAGGCAGCCACUCAGGAGACUGAGGCAGCCACUCAGGAGACUGAGGCAGCCACUCAGGAGACUGAGGCAGCCACUCAGGAGACUGAGGCAGCCACUCAGGAGACUGAGGCAGCCACUGAAGAGACUGAGGCAGCCACUCAGGAGACUGAGGCAGCCACUCAGGAGACUGAGACAGCCACUCAGGAGACUGAGGCAGCCACCGAGGAGACUGAAGCAGCCACCCAGGAGACUGAGGCAGCCACUCAGGAGACUGAGGCAGCCACUCAGGAGACUGAGGCAGCCACUGGGGAGACUGAGGCAGCCACUGGGGAGACUGAUGCAGCCACUCAGGAGACUGAGACAGCCACUCAGGAGACUGAGGCAGCCACCGAGGAGACUGAAGCAGCCACCCAGGAGACUGAGGCAGCCACUGAGGAGACUGAGGCAGCCACUGAGGAGACUGAGGCAGCCACUGAGGAGACUGAGGCAGCCACUCAGGAGACUGAGGCAGCCACUCAGGAGACUGAGGCAGCCACUCAGGAGACUGAGGCAGCCACUCAGGAGACUGAGGCAGCCACUCAGGAGACUGAGGCAGCCACUCAGGAGACUGAGGCAGCCACUCAGGAGACUGAGGCAGCCACUCAGGAGACUGAGGCAGCCACUCAGGAGACUGAGGCAGCCACUCAGGAGACUGAGGCAGCCACUCAGCAGACUGAGGCAGCCACUCAGGAGACUGAGGCAGCCACUGAGGAGACUGAGGCAGCCACUCAGGAGACUGAGGCAGCCACUCAGCAGACUGAGGCAGCCACUCAGGAGACUGAGGCAGCCACUCAGGAGACUGAGGCAGCCACUCAGGAGACUGAGGCAGCCACUCAGCAGACUGAGGCAGCCAAUUGUUUAGUUCCCACAAGAACACCGGAGGACCUCUGA